AUUAGACGCCGUCGCGAUCGGUUCUUCGGUAGAUCUAGGCCAGAAAUCGAACAGCGGAGUCCGGAGAAAUGAGUGGUAGCGAUAAAAAUGUGCGGCGGCGCGUAAUAACACCUACCAGCGAUCCUCCGAAUACGGAUCCAUUGCUCCGACCUCGUGGCUCACACCAGUAUGAGGCCCAACCUAAUGGCUGCGAGCGGGCUUUCGUCCAGCGGAACAAGAUCAAGUGGUUCUGGGCACCGGGUUUCUUUGCAUUCUGGCUGCUGCUUUAUGUGGCCAUCUCAAUACCCGCCUGCCACCGCCUGCCACGACCACUGACCAUUCAGGAUGAGGCCAAGCACCCCGACCAGUUCAUCGCCGAGCGGGCCGAGAACAAUCUUCGAGAGCUGGUGAGUCUGGGACCCCGAGUGGUGGGAAGUCGACAGAACGAGAUGGCUGCCCUGAAGAUGCUUUCCCAAAAGAUGCAAAAAAUACGGUCAGGCUCUGCCAAUGAUAUUGAAGUGGAUGUUCAGGUGGCCUCUGGCAGCUAUGUGCACUGGUCGAUGGUCAACAUGUACCAGAGCAUCCAGAAUAUUGUGGUCAAGAUUAGUCCCAAGGGAACCAACAGCACAACUUACCUUCUGGUAAACAGUCACUACGAUUCGGUGCCGGCGGGUCCUGGUGCUGGUGAUGAUGGCUCAAUGGUGGCUACUAUGAUGGAGGUACUACGUGUGCUGGCCAAGUCCGAUAAGCCCCUAAAGAACCCAGUGGUAUUCCUGUUCAACGGAGCCGAAGAAAAUCCCCUGCAGGCCUCCCAUGCCUUCAUCACCCAACACAAGUGGGCCAAAUACUGCAAAGCUCUCAUCAAUUUGGAUUCCUGUGGUAAUGGCGGUCGGGAGAUUCUUUUCCAAUCGGGUCCCAAUCAUCCCUGGCUGAUGAAGAACUACCGGCGGGCCAUCAAGCAUCCGUAUGCCUCUACCAUGGGCGAGGAGAUGUUCCAGCACAAUUUCAUUCCCUCUGACACGGAUUUCCGCAUCUUCCGUGACCAUGGAUCGGUUCCCGGCUUAGAUAUGGCUUACACGUAUAACGGUUAUGUCUACCACACGAGCCACGACACCGCCGAUAUCUUUCCCAGAGGAAGUUUCCAGCACACCGGCGACAAUCUGCUGGCUUUGGUUCGAGAGAUUGCCAAUUCUCCGGAGAUUGAGGAUUCCUCGAAAUACGCCGAGGGACACACUAUCUAUUUUGAUGUUAUGGGCUGGUUCCUGGUCUUCUACACCGAAACCGAGGGCGUUAUAUUGAACGUUAUUGUGUCAUUGACAACCAUCGGAGUUUGUGGCUUCGCCUUCAAGUUGAUGUCGGUCAGCUCUGGCAUAAAGCUUGACAAAAUCCUCAAGAAGGUCCUACACACUCUGCUUGUCCAGAUUCUAUCUAUUGUCGUGGGAGCUAUCUUGCCGAUUCUGCUUGGUCUUUUCAUGGACGCUGUGCAUUUGCCCCUGUCGUGGUUCACGAACUCCUGGCUAGUACUCGGUCUGUACUUUACCACAUUCUUCUUUGGUUUGGCCAUUGUGCCUGCUCUGUACUUCCACUGGACCAAGCAUAAUAAACUUCCCAUUGGCCAGCGGGUUCAGCUUUUGCUGCACUGCCACGCCGUUCUUUUGGCCUUCCUUACCCUGGUGUUCACCAUCUGCGGAGUUCGCUCUGUUUUUGUACUGAUGCUUAGUUGCUUGUUCUACACGGUGGGUCUGAUCAUUAACAUUGCCACCAAACUGCACAGCAAGGAUGUGGCCUGGGUCAUUCCUCAUAUUGUCUGCACUGUUCCACCGUUUGUGUUCUUCGCAUACUUCUCGCACGGAUUCUUCACCACCUUCAUUCCCAUGUUCGGUCGCUUUGGCGAGAACCUUAACCCGGAUCUGGCGGUGGCUGUCUUUAGUGUUGCCGUAGGCCUCCUGUGCUGCGGUUUCAUUAUUCCUGUUCUCCAGCUGUUUAACAAAUCGAAGACCAUUAUCUGUGGCCUGAUGGGCAUUACUUUGUUGUGCUUCAUCAUUGCAAUGACACCGGUGGGAUUCCCCUAUCGCCCGGAAACCAAUGUCCAGCGAUUCGCUGUGUUGCACACCAAACGUACCUUCCACGACGCCGAGAACCAUGUGCGCCGUCAGGAAUCUGGUUACUUUAUUAUGCCUCAGGACAGACGCACUUACACAGUCAAAAAUGCUGUUAUCAACAUGACUCUUGCCCAAAGGAUUGGUUCUGACUGCGAUAAGGAAAUCAAUUGCGGAUUGCCGUUGUACAACCAACGUUGGCAUAAGACAAGAAAGAACAGCUUGUGGAUUCCCGCUUCUGAACCAGUUCUUGGCGAGAAUCUGCCCACUGUUAUUGUGCUAUCCAAAAAACAGCUUACAACCACUAAAAUUCGUUAUGAAAUGCAGCUAAGUGGACCUAAUCACAUGGCGCUGUUCAUUCAGCCCUUGAAUGGAGCUUCGGUGAAGGACUGGUCCUUCCAUCAAGCUCCACUGCGUCUGAACUUUGAGCCACCUUACUUUAUCUACUUCUCUUGGGGAGUCAAUGGAGACCCCCUUAAGUUCUGGCUAGAGCUAGAGAAACCCAAUGGAAACUUCAACUCAACUACUCUUGAGUUGGGUCUUGGAGGCCAUUGGACCCAUCAUAAGGACCUAUUAACGCCGGACUUCAAGAAGUUCCUUGACAGUUUCCCCAAAUAUGUGGAUGCCGUCCCCUGGCCAGCUUCGUUUGAGAGCCGGAUCUACUAGAGAGACUAUUAAAUUCUGUAGAUUUUUUAUACCUAAGUAAAAUAAACACUUAAAUGUUGACAAA